UAUCUCCACCUUAAUUGUUUUGAUAUUUUGAUAAAAGUAUCCUGAAAUUUUCUUUAUUCAAAAAGUGCUGUCGAAAAACGUGAUUUACGUUGGUCCAAUAAAUGCACCGCUGCAAUGCGUAACAUAUGUGAAACAAAACAUCACGUGCCCGGAAUGACUGACAGGAUCAUUACUGGGAGCCGCGCCGCGAUUGUGAACUUCAUUCAAGCACGAGUUGCACUUUUAUAUCACUUGAGUACGGAGGAAGCUCGGCGGAAAAAAUAAUGUGUGAAUCUUUCUUCAACAGUGUUGUCAUUCUGUUCAUUUGGGGCAAUGUUACACUCGUGUGUGUGCAAUGUCGAAGCGUCCCCGGAACUCACUUUCCUGAUGAAACGAAGUUAACUGGGCAGACAGAGCUCUGUUUGAAGAGAUGUGGCACCAGCUUUCAUACGGAUGACACGGGAACAUCAAGUGGAGAGUUGUCCAGUGUUCAGAUAUGUUAUGACAAGUGCCUUCAGGAAAGAGGGAAACUGAUUUCUGUCGUAGAUGAUAAGAAUGUUUCAAUCAGUGAGGAAUUGACGUCAUCUUUCAAGAGAAUCAAACGCGAAAUCCCAGGGAGCGAGAAAAGUAGCAGGGACGGUAAGACCUGCUUAAUGUACAGUCCAGGAAACUUUACGUUUCUUGAGCCCAAGAUUACAUUCCGAGAACCUAAGGACAAUGGAAGUUUUCUGGGAAAUGUAUCAUGGAAACCUCUGUCAAGCGACGCUUUUAAUUGGACUGGAUACAGAUUGAUUUACGUCGUUGGUCGGGUAUCUCAAGAGAAAUAUAAAUGCGUGGACUUCUAUAAGAACGAGACGAGUUAUUUUAUAAACAGUGGUCUACCGAAUAACACGCGCUUACGACUCAUGGUUGUCUCCAUACCCUUUGACUCCAGUAAGUUCGAGAAACUAGAUAUUGAUUGCCAUAUUCCAUGCGGUGAAAAGCCAACAACAAGUGGCACAUCAAUCCCUAAAACAACUCACCCCACGAGUCCAACAUCAGAAAUCCCAGGGAGCGGGAAAAGUAGCAAGGACGGUAAGACUCACCCCACGAGUCCAACAUCAGAAAGUAGGAGACCUACUAUUAUUGUCCUUGCCAUUAUCCCUGUCACUGUAAUUAUUUGUGCUGUGUCUGCUCUGCUAAUUUUCUGCUAUCGACUACAAAAGAAGGCGUCCCCGGGACAAUUGGGCUCUUAUAAAGAUAUGCAAUUUGAAUACGACGCGUUUGUCAUAUAUAGCUCCCAAGAUUCAGAGUGGGUGGUUAAAACUCUUAUUCCAACUCUUGAGGAAAAGCAUGGGCUAAAAUGUUGUGUGCAUUAUAGAGAUUUCCCUCUUGGAAUUCCUUUUCGUCAAAACAUGGUUGACAGCGUUUAUAAGAGUAAGAAGACAGUGGCCGUUGUAUCCACUCACUUUUUCAAUAGUAAUUACUGUGGGUCAGAACUGGAUUACGCUCUUCACCGACUUAUGGAAAAGAAAGAUGAUAGCUUGGUUGUUGUCAAACUUGAUGAAGUCAACAGGAAGAAACUUCCCAGAGAACUCCAAAAAAGGAGUUAUAUAGACUUUUCAAAGUCCACUGAUAAAGAAACCUGGGAGAGAAAACUAGUUAAAUGCUUGAGGUCCACCAACCCUCGACCUGAAUAAUUUGAAUGAAGUUCGGAAGCUAAUAUCACCAAAGGAAUUCCUAGUGAUAUGCUGUUUAAAAACACGCAGUUAUUUGUAAGGAAUCUUCAUCGAUGGGAUGAUCUCUAUGUGUUAUUUGUUCGGAGUUCGUCUGUCGUAUGCAUAGAAAGGAGGUUCUUGGAAGUGUGGUAUAGUAGAACUACCUUAGUCACUGUAUCUAGAGUAAGUACUAAAACUUUAGGGUCUGUUAGCAGUCAACAUGUUUUUAAAAUAAAGAGGUGAACAAUUUUGGUUAU